UCAAUUCAGUGUGUUCGGGCAACAUGGAGAGGGAAAAGGAGCAAUUCAGGAAGCUGUUCAUCGGGGGACUCAGCUUUGAAACCACAGAAGAAAGUCUAAGGAAAUACUACGAACAAUGGGGCAAGCUGACGGACUGUGUGGUCAUGAGAGACCCCCAGAGCAAAAGAUCCAGAGGUUUUGGAUUUGUAACCUUUUCUUCCAUGAAUGAAGUUGAUGCCGCCAUGUCAGCCCGCCCGCAUUCAAUUGAUGGCAGAGUUGUGGAACCUAAACGUGCUGUAGCCAGAGAGGAAUCUGCGAAGCCUGGCGCCCAUGUUACAGUUAAGAAACUCUUUGUUGGCGGUAUCAAAGAAGACACAGAAGAGCAUCACCUUAGGGAAUACUUUGAGGAAUAUGGAAAAAUCGAAAGCAUAGAAAUCAUCACAGACAAACAAUCCGGCAAAAAGAGGGGCUUUGGGUUCGUAACGUUUGAUGACCACGAUCCCGUUGACAAAAUUGUUUUGCAAAAAUAUCACACGAUAAAUGGUCACAAUGCAGAAGUCAGAAAAGCGUUAUCAAGACAAGAAAUGCAUGAAGUACAGAACACCAGGAGCAGCAGAGGAGGCAAUUUUGGAUUUGGUGAUUCACGUGGUGGUGGAAACUUUGGACCCGGACCUGGAAGCAACUUUAGAGGAGGCUCAGAUAGCUAUGGAGGUGGUGGUGGUGGACGAGGCUAUGGAGAUGGAUACAAUGGAUAUGGUGGAGGCCAAGGAGGUGGUAACUUUGGAGGUGGAGGCGGACCUGGCUAUGGCGGUGGACGCGGUGGCUAUGGCGGCGGUGGUGGUGGUAGUGGCGGUCCCGGUUAUGGCAAUCAAGGUGGUGGAUAUGGAGGUGGAUAUGAUAACUAUGGCGCAGGUAACUACGGUGGAGCAGGAGGAGGAGGAAACUACAAUGAAUUCGGAAACUACAAUCAGCAGUCUUCUAACUAUGGCCCAAUGAAGAGUGGUGGAAACUUCGGGGGCAGCAGAAGUAUGGGAGGACCAUAUGGUGGAGGUAACUAUGGCCCUGGCAGCGGCAGUGGAGGUAGUGCUGGCGGCGGCGGCUAUGGAGGAAGAAAUCGUUAUUAAUUUCACGUUUGUUCCUUCUGGGCUUCACUGUAUAAAUAGGAGAGGAUGAGAGCCCAGAGGUAACACAGCUGCAGGUUAUCGAGAUUACAAAGUUAAGGAGUCAUUAUCUCAGUCAUGCGUAGAACAUGCAGUGAUAUGACAGAAGACACCAGAGCAGAUACAGAGAGCCAUUUUGUGAAUGGAAUGGAUAUAUUUAAGUACAUUACCUUACAAUGGAGGAAGGACUGUAAAAUAUACCUUUGAGACAGUUUUUAGGUUUUUAAAUGUUUAUUUGUAGUGGUCUUUGUAAAGAGUGCAGCAGCAUUCCUUUUUGAUAAUGUUCACUUUAAGUUGCAGGUAACGUGACACUUUUAUAAGAUUUAUGAACAGUUUAAAGCAACUAGCCAGGAUCAUGGUGUAAUUUGAGACUUUUUUUUUUAUUUCAUUUUAAAUUUCAGUGUGUGUAUAGUUAAAGCUGUUGUACACUUUCAUUUAAUAAAAAACAAUUCGAAAGGAAAGGCUUGUCUCUUUUUAGAUGUAUGUAUUGAAUUGUGUGAAGGAAAGGUGUAGUACAAAGUGUUCUGUAAAUAAAGCUGUAAAGUGUAUGUGUGUUUUAUAAGUUGUAAGGAGAAAAGAACGUAGA